AUGCGCACGUCUCUCGCCUUGCUGGGCGCCCUGUGCGCCUGCACGGUGCGCUGCGUCUUCCAGGUGACCUGCCUGCGCAAAGAUCCUCCUCCAGGCGUGCUGGUGUUACCCACGGGCAGCAGGUUGGCCUUGACCUGCGGCGGUCACAUGAUAGUAGAUGGGGUUAAGACAGCUGCCAGCAGAGACGGGUCACUCACCAGCAGGGCACAGAGUUCUGAUGACGCAACGCCAACCGGCACCAGCAGACCCGGCAGCACAGAAACCACCACUGAGAUACAGCGUAAAAGAGACAGAUAUGGCGCCCGGGACGCGGAAAGUUCCAGACUCUCCACUGUAUCGACAGCCAAAACCGUGACCGAGGAGAACGGAGAAACCACGAUGGAGAGCGGGUACAAAGGCCCAGAGGGGAGUGGUCGUCCUUUAUAUACACAUCCAGAACCCGGUGCCCCUCCCUUAGACCCAACGGUCCAGCCAACCAGCAUGAGCACAAUGGCGGGGACGGAGUCCGAUUGGUGGGCCAAGGAGACGGACGUAGAAGAGGAGGAGGAGGAGGAGUAUAAUGAUGGGGUGAGGGUCACAACAAGGGUCCAGAGGAGGCUGCAGUGGAGACGGGAUGGGAGGACGUUGAAGGGGGGAGAAAACGGCUUGGAGGGCAUCACGUUUGACAGCAGUGGGACUUCUCUGUCCCUUCCCUCUGUGACGUCCCAGCAUUCUGGGAGGUACAGUUGUCAUCAUAAAGGCGGAACGCUGUCGUCAUUCAAAGUGAUUGUUGCAGAUCCUCCGGAGCGUCCCACCCUGUCCUGCUACAAAAGGUCGCCCAGCAGUAAAAUCCGCUGUGAGUGGAUGCUGCAGUCCCUCGUCACCAUGCGCCCUCACUGCUACCUCUUCAUCAGUACAGGUCUGUCAGCAUCGUUCUCUCGUUCGGAGUGCUCCUACUCGCCCCGGCUGGCCCGCUGCUGGUGUGCUCUGGACUAUGAUGAGGAGGCAAACAGAGUGCCACACAUGGCCUAUCUGUGUGUCACAAGCGCCGCCGGAAAUGCCACGAGUGCUCUGCUGGAAUUCACACCUCUUAGCAUCUUGAAGCCAGACCCCCCGUCAGCACUGAAGAUCCACUUGGUGGAGGGCCAUGAGAGGAGGCUGAGAGUUACUUGGGGUGCUCCCUCAUCCUGGAAGCGGGUUGAUGAUAACUAUGAGCUCGACUAUGAAAUCAGCUACAGACCCAGUAACCCUCCAGGGCUGCAUGGACAGAACGAGGUUACCAAAAACACUUUCUACACCAUCACCGAUGCGUUGCCUGGUGUGGAGUACAUAAUAAAGCUUAGAGCCAAGGACGAGUACGAUGGUCUCUGGAGUAACUGGAGCACACCUGUCUAUGCACGCAGUUGGACAGCUCAAGGGCCAUCUGUGUUAUUCAAUGAUGAUCUUUCUCCCACAACGCCAGUGUAUCCGUUCUACGAUGACACGGAAGGCUCUGGAGCCGAUGAUGUCACAUAUGCUGUCUUUGAAGAGGAAGAUGGAGCGGGGGAGGUGUGGCAAAAUGCUCUGUGGAUCUCUGCAUUGUGUGGUCUCCUGUCGGUCAUCCUGGCUGCCUACGUAUUCAGACAUAAGAAGAAGUUUGUCUCUAAACUACAAAAAGUAAGUGUGUUCACCAAAUGCAGAGUCUCCUCACCGGUCCCAGAACCAGCUCCAACACCUCAAGAAGGACAGGCCUUGGUGACAUUUACCCAUCCACGUUACAAAGAGCCUUUACCAAAUGAAGUGGAAGAAAAUGGAGAAGAGGGGAGGUCGGAGGGGGUGAAUGAGACCAUGCAAUUCAACAAUGAAAGCUACUUCCUGGUCCAGACAACCUACUGUGAAGAAGAGAACAGCUGUUAGGUUACGCCCCAAUAUCCUGUUCCUAAACGAGCCGGCCAGGUCAUGUGAAACAACCCUUAGUCACCAGCAUGGUUCAUUUUGUGUUUUGGUGCUACUGCAGCCAGCACAAGGAAACGAAUGAAUUCUCUCCAUUUCUGUCGUUAAAAAAAUACACAACCAUAGACUCACACACAUAUACCAGAAAUACCUCAUUAAAUUUAUUGGGGGGGUUUUUCCCAGUUAUUUGAGAAUGGAAAAAUAUUUAUAAGCUACUUUCUGCCGUUAAAACAGUCCAUAGCUGAACAGUGUUGAUA